AUGAAGUUUCAUAGCCUCUUCGGUUUCGGCCUCAUCGCCGGCAGCUUGGCCGCUCCAGCUGCUUUGCCUGUUCCUCAUCCCGUUCCUCAGCCUGCUACUCCUGCCACUCUAGAGGAACGUGCCGCCAAGGUCACCGUUGCUGUUCCUUCCGGUACCGUCAUCGGCUCCAGCUUGGGCAAGGUUGAGUCUUUCAGGGGCAUCCCAUUUGCGGACCCCCCUACUGGCUCUCUCCGUCUCAAACCCCCGAAGAGGUUGUCAAAGCCCCUGGGCAAUUUUGAUGCCUCCGGUCUUGUUGGCCCAUCAUGCCCUCAGAUGUUUAUCUCUACUGGAGCUGAGGAUGUCAUCUCAAAGUUCCUCUCCGACUUUCUGAGCAUCCCCUUCCUCCAGGUCGUUACCGGACAAGAGGAUUGUCUCACCAUGACUGUUCAACGGCCUGUGGGCACCAAGGCCGGGGACAAGCUGCCCGUUCUAUUUUGGAUUUUUGGCGGCGGCUUUGAGCUCGGCUCCAGUGCCAUGUAUGAUGGCACUAGCCUUCUGGGUACUGGCAUUGACCAGAAGCAACCCUUUAUUUUCGUUGCUGUCAACUACCGUGUUGCCGGAUUUGGCUUCAUGCCCGGUGCCGAGCUUGCCAAUGAAGGCAGCACCAACCUAGGCUUGCUAGAUCAGCGCAUGGGACUUGAAUGGGUUGCAGAUAACAUUGCGGCCUUUGGAGGUGACCCUGACAAGGUUACCAUCUGGGGAGAGUCUGCUGGAGCAAUUUCUGUACUUGAUCAGAUGACUCUGUUCGGUGGUGAUGCUGACUACAAGGGCAAGCCCCUUUUCCGUGGCGCCAUCAUGAACUCGGGCAGUGUCGUUCCGGCAGAGCCAGUGGACAGCCCCAAGGCUCAGGAGAUUUUCGAUACUGUUGUACAGAAUGCUGGCUGCUCCAGUGCCUCCAACAGCCUCGACUGUCUUCGAGGUCUCCCCUAUGAUAAGUUUUUGGACGCCGCCAACUCCGUGCCGGGACUCCUCUCGUACAACUCGCUGGCCCUCUCCUAUCUUCCUCGUCCAGAUGGACACGUGCUUCCCGAAAGUCCCGAAGCACUCAUCGCGGCGGGGCGUUACCAUGCGGUUCCUAUGAUCAACGGCAACCAAGAGGAUGAGGGUACUCUAUUUGCUCUUUUCCAGCCGAACCUGACCACGACGGAGAAGCUUGUCGAUUACCUGAAAGAGUUCUACUUUUCCGCCGCCAGCAAGACGCAACUGACCAACCUCGUCAACUCGUAUUCAAGCUCCAUCACUGCAGGCAGCCCCUUCCGUACCGGCAUCCUCAACGAGAUCUUCCCAGGCUUUAAGCGACGUGCUGCCAUCUUUGGCGAUCUCGUCUUCACGCUGACUCGCCGACUCUUUCUUCAGACCGCCACGGAUACCAACCCAGAUGUCCCUGCGUGGUCUUACUUGGCAAGCUACGACUACGGAACCCCCGUUUUGGGCACUUUGCACGGCUCGGAUCUUAUCCAGGUCUUCUUUGGCAUCCUGCCCAACAACGCCAUGAGGAGCAUCCGGACGUACUACUACAACUUUUUGUACAACCUUGAUCCUAAUGUUGGCGUUACAAAGUAUGCCAAUUGGCCCGAGUGGAAGGAGAGCAAGAAGCUCAUGUGGUUCAAGUCUGCGAAUGGAAAUGACAUCUUGAACGAUGAUUUUAGGCAAACCUCGUACAAUUGGAUUGCGAGCAAUGUUGGCGUGUUGCGGGUUUGA